GACCCUGAGUCGCAGCUGGAGACGCCAUGAUGAUGAUCAUCAGCUGCUGCCCCAUGCCCACCUUGUUUUGAACGUGUGCAGAAACCGCUGGUCUCCGCAGUGUAGGAAAGGUGGAGAUAGGAGACGAGUGCAUUUGGUGAUUCUGUCAGUCUUGACAGAAAUUAGAAGUUCAUGAAGGGGGGGAGCCUUUGACAAGGGAGCGUAAUUAGAGAAGCAUCGUUAGAAAACGAGUAGGAUAUAGAGCAGUACCGUCAGGUUGAUCGGCAAUGGCGUGCACAGGUCAUUGCCUCGGCGCAGCCAUGGCCACUGUCUCUCGCCUGCCUCAUUUCGUGCCGUGUGUCAAUGCUCAAAAGUGCCACGGUUCGGCCGGUGGACAUUUGGUUGUUUCUCUGCAACAGGUCGCAUGGGUCCCUUCGACAUUUGGCGGUAAGGGAAUCGCUGGACUAGGCAAUGUGUUGAAAUUUCGUGCAGGAGAGUCAUCUACUUACGGGCGAAUGGCCUCGCAACGGAUGAUUGUCAUGGCCAGUCAAGAAGCCGGGACCUCAACUUUGGUGGUACAGGAGGUGGAGUUCAUUUGGAAGGGACCAGGUUCUAAGGUCUUGCUUUCCGGAGACUUUGUCAACUGGGAAAGUCAGGUGCCUCUAGAGAAAUCGGGGUCGGAAGGUUGGUUUGUUGUCAAGCAGAACAUUGCUCCUGGAACCUAUAAGUACAAGUUUAUUGUGGACGGAGAGUGGCAGCACUCACCUGACUACCCUACGGUUUCCGACAAUUCCGGAGGCUUCAACAACGAAAUAACUGUAUCAGAAGAAAAGUCUACUCCUAAACCGACUAGAAAGGAAGAUAAUGCUGGAUCUUCUAAGGGCGAAGUUAAAGGAUCCACCGAAGAAGUUGCUAAAGUAGACACUCCAAAGCCUGCAGCUGCGGCAAGUCCUCCAAAACCAAAAGUUGCUGCCGCAGGUGGAGCAAAGAAGGCUGCUGCGGGUGGAGCGAAGAAAGCAGUUAAGGCAGUUGCCAAGCCUCUGCCGGAGACAAUGCUGGAGGACGUCAUUCCUCGACUGACAGCUUACUUUGAAAAAGAGCAAGGCGUUUCGGCUGUCGAUAUUCAAUUUGACGACAAUCAGCUUCAGGGUACUUUCAUAAAGAAUGAAGUGCAAUACAACUUCUGGGCAUAUUUUCCUGAUGGAAAACUUGAAGGUUCCAGGGGAUUCUCAUUGACAUCGCACGGAUGCUCCCCAAGUACUGUGGAGCCAUUCUUGAUUGACGAGAGUAAAAUAACAGGGGAGUCGGUAGUACAGCAGGUCAUCAAAAGACUCUUUGCUCAAAAGCUUUUAGCCACGAACUGAUCCACCCUGUACCCUGUAAUUAUAUGAUGCUGUCCAACAAUUCUUCUUUGUGCGCUUUCAAGGAUCUGACAGCUCAGCUGGUGAACAUACCAUGUGUCUACUAGAUUAAUUUGUGGAUCUGCUGUGGAGAAAGUUCCACUCGUAUGUUCCAUAUGUCGUAGCAAUCUGCUCUACCCUGAAGAAGCUCAUCAAUGGCCUGCUUACUACUGUGUAUUGGUUAAUUGUUAUUAUGCUUUUGGCCUAACCUGUCCUCAGCGAUGGCUGACCUCGAAGUCGAAUAAUAUUUCAAGGUUAAACAAU